UAAUAAACGAAACCACACCUUACUCCUUGAUUGACUUUAAACAAUUUGUACAAUUUCGUUGAAUUCGCUUCACCAAAAACCCAACUUGGAAACUGCGAAUUGUCGUCAUCUUGGUAGACCCUUCUUUAAUUUCUACACUUUACUAAACCAUCCCCUUUUCCACUCAAAACCACUAGACUCGGUCUUGUUUCUUUGUCAACUUUUCUCCAUUGUUCCACUGACUACAACCCGAUCUCUCUGUCUUAAUUGAAAGCAAAAACCAGAUUCAUUUGAUGAGAGUGCGAAUAAGGGGAUCGUGAAAUCAUCAUGUAAUGAACUUGGGGAAGGUUUCUUGCAAGAUGUUCCCAUUGAUGCUACAAAGAGACCGAAAAUAUGGUACCCAAAGCUGAUUUAGUGAUCAUCGGAGUCUGCGUUGGCUUGGCUGUUGGCAUUCUUCUAGCAUCACUUGCAUUCUUUGGCGUACGGUGGUACAGAAGGCGUGCUCAUCUUCGAAAAUGUGCAAAUGACAACUCUCCAUCAACACUUCCUAUUCGUCAAAAUGGGGUAGACACAAGUAACAUCUUGAGUGAAUCUUUCGCGAGUUCUGUGACCGUUAAAGUUUCAACUUAUCCUGCAAAAACUUCCCUGCUAUCAAAAUGGAACAAAAAUGGUAAAGAACAAUUAGCUUCGGCAUCUGGCCUACCAAGAUACACUUACAAGGACAUACAGAAAGCUACCAAAAACUUUACAACCAUUUUGGGACAAGGGUCUUUUGGUCCGGUGUACAAAGCUACAAUGCCUACUGGUGAAGUUGUUGCUGUGAAGGCUCUUGCUUCUGAUUCCAAACAAGGGGAGAAAGAAUUUCAAACCGAGGUAUCUCUUCUUGGAAGGUUGCACCACAGGAAUUUGGUGAAUUUAGUGGGGUAUUGCGUAGAUAAAGGGCAACGAAUGUUAAUAUAUGAAUACAUGAGUAACGGAAGCUUGGCAAGUUUUCUAUAUAUUUUCGUGUUAUUAGAUGAAGACGAACACACAUUGAAUUGGGAAGAAAGACUUCAAAUUGCCCUCGAUAUUUCGCAUGGAAUCGAGUACCUUCAUGAUGGGGCAGUUCCACCCGUCAUACAUCGAGACUUGAAGUCUGCAAAUAUAUUACUCGACCACUUAACGAGAGCCAAGGUUGCUGAUUUCGGUUUGUCAAAAGAAGAGGUUUAUGAUGGUCGAAACUCGGGACUUAAAGGUACAUAUGGCUAUAUCGAUCCUGUGUAUAUAUCCACAAACAAAUUCACAAUGAAGAGCGACAUCUAUAGUUUCGGGAUCAUCCUUUUUGAGCUCAUUACAGCCAUUCACCCACAUCAGAAUCUCAUGGAAUACGUCAAUCUAGCGGCGAUGAGUUCAGACGGGAUAGAUGAAAUUCUUGAUAAGGAGCUUGUUGGUGAGUGUGAUCCCGAAGAAGUGAGGAGCUUGGCACGAAUAGCACACAGAUGCGUACAUAAGACACCAAGAAAACGGCCUUCAAUGGGGGAGGUCUCACAAGCCAUAAUGAAGUUAAAGCAGAGGCGGUUGGUCAGGGAAGAUAGCACAAUGUCGUUUGCAGGCGAAGAGUUCUCGGGUGUCGUUGGGUGCAUCGAGUUACAACAAAAUCAGUUGAAAAAGAUGACAAGCAUAGCUGAAUCCUGAUUGAAAUCUAUUAUUUGCAUCUGAAAAGAGCCUCUUAUUGCAGUAAUCUUUUUUCCAAAAGAUAUUGUAUGUAUACUUUACAUAGAGAAAUGAAUCAAUGGCAUUGUGGCCCUUUUUCCCA